AAUCUGGCCACGUUUACCCGACGGACAAUGAGCACCAUGUGAUCCAGGAUCCCUGUGCGCUGCCUGCCUCCUGCCUGCUUGUCAGCCUCGUUUGCUGCUGUUUGCCAGCUAUUGCACAGGCAGGACAGGAAAGCAGAGCCGCACUGCAGCUCACCUCCUCGAGUGGCACGCCACGGCUAGGCGUGAGCGCCAAUUACAGCUGCCUCUUCCUGGAGCUGUGGCGCGAAGAAGGGCGUGUCAAUCAAGGGCGCUACAAUAGCACGUGCAGCGGGGCUGGCUGACCGCCCACCUAAGAGGCUUCUGCGAACUCCAGUUGCUGCAUGAGAAUGAGCCGGGAGCUUUUUGCCUGAUCACAGAGCAGAGCCUGUGAUCAAUUAUGCAUCCCGAGGUAAACUGUCACCUGAGUAAGGACUCUGAAUAAUGCAUUUCCUGGGGACGACUGUGGUAGCACGAGAGAAUGCUGGAAUUGCUAGCAAGGUUUCUGCCUGAGAUGGGAAGAUGUCUCACUAUCAUUUUAUCAAGUGCUGUUGCUUUCAGCUAUGCAACGCGUUCCGAUCCCAUGAGAUGGAAAUUGACCAGUGCUUGCUGGAGUCGCUUCCUCUGGGCCAGCGGCAGCGGCUGGUGAGGCGCAUGCGCUGCGAGCAAAUCAAAGCCUACUACGACCGCGAGAGGGCGCUGCAGAAGCAGGAGGGCUUCCUGAAGAGGCUGAGACAUGGCAAGAGCCGGAAGGUGCGGUUCAGUCUGGCGGAGGUGAUGCAGGACGCCAUUGUGCGCCACGACGACAAGGAAGUGCUCCGGCUCCUGCAGGAGGGCGCUGAUCCGCACGCUCUGGUGUCCUCUGGAGGGUCCUUACUCCACCUGUGUGCUCGCUAUGAUAAUGCCUUCAUUGCCGAGAUCCUGAUUGACAGAGGGGUCAAUGUCAACCACCAGGAUGAAGACUUCUGGACACCAAUGCACAUCGCCUGUGCAUGCGACAACCCUGAUAUUGUGCUGCUGCUGGUGCUGGCGGGAGCCAACGUCCUGCUCCAGGACGUGAAUGGGAAUAUCCCACUGGAUUAUGCCACGGAAGGGACUGAAUCCAGCUCUAUCCUACUGGCCUAUCUGGAUGAAAAUGGAGUGGACCCUGCCUCACUGCGCCAGCUGAAGCUUCAGAGGCCCAUGAGUAUGCUGACCGAUGUCCGGCACUUCCUGUCGUCAGGAGGAAACGUUAACGAGAAAAACGAGGAAGGGGUCACUCUGCUGCACAUGGCGUGUGCCAGUGGCUACAAGGAGGUGGCCUUGCUUCUCCUGGAACAUGGCGGAGACCUCAACGUCCCGGACAACCAGUACUGGACACCUCUCCACCUGGCAGCCAAGUAUGGCCAGACGAACCUGGUGAAGCUGCUUUUGACCCAUCAGGCAAACCCGAAACUCAUGAACUGCAAUGAAGAGAAGCCGUCAGACAUCGCUGCCUCUGAGUUUAUCGAGGAGAUGCUGCUGAAGGCCGAAGCUGCGUGGGAAGAAAAGACGAAAGAGCCCUUAUCUCCUCCCUCCCUAGCCCAAGAGGAGCCGUAUGAAGAGAUCCUACGGGAGCUCCCAGCGCUGCCCAGCAAGCUCAGUCCCCUGGUACUACCAAUAGCCAAGCAAGACAGUUUGUUGGAAAAAGACAUCAUGUUCAAAGACGCAUCAAAAGGACCGUGUAAGCCACAGUCCCCGGACACCACCCCUGAGCACACCACGAUGGACAGCUCCAGCAAACCUGAGCAGGUCAAGCUCAUGCCACCUGCUCCCAACGACGACCUGGCCACACUCAGCGAGCUCAAUGACGGCAGCCUGCUGUACGAAAUUCAGAAGCGCUUCGGGAACGACCAGAUCUAUACUUUCAUCGGGGACAUCCUCCUGCUGGUCAACCCAUUCAAGGAACUCCCAAUUUAUUCUACUGUGGUGUCACAGCUGUACCUGAGCCGCACGGGGACGCCCAGCCCCUCCUUGCCCCCUCAUCUCUUCUCCUGUGCAGAGCGCGCUGUGCACCAGCUCUUCAGGGACCGCAGGCCCCAGUGCUUCGUGCUCAGUGGAGAGAGAGGGUCAGGGAAGUCAGAGGCCUGCAAGCAAAUAGUGCGACACCUGACCUGCCGCUCCGCCUCCAGCCGUGCUCUACUGGACACCAGGCUCAGACACGUCAUGUGCAUCUUAGAGGCCUUCGGACACGCCAGGACCCCACUCAAUGACCUGUCCAGUUGCUUCAUAAAGUAUGUGGAGGUCCAGUUUAGUGAGAGGAAGAAGCAAGCGAUUGGAGCCGGAAUUUAUGCCUACAUGCUAGAGAAGUCCAGACUUGUGUCCCAGCCUCCUGGCCAGAGCAACUUUCUGAUUUUCUACUUGCUGAUGGAUGGGUUGUCUGCCGAGGAGAAGUCUGAACUUCGCCUUAACAAUUUAUGCGCACACCGGUAUCUGAGCCAGGCCCCGAGGGCAGACACGGCCACGGCCGAGCGCAUGCUGAACAGGGAGAGAUUCGUGGCCCUGAAACAAGCCCUGGCUGGCAUCGGCUUCAGCAACCUGGAGGUGGAAAACCUGUUCAUGAUCCUGGCAGGGAUUCUGCACCUCGGGGACAUCCGCUUCACCGCACUCACCGACGCAGACUGGGCCUUCGUGUCUGACCUCCAGCUCCUGGAGCAAGUGGCGGGGAUGUUGCAGGUUUCAACAGAUGAGCUGGCUUCGGCCUUAACAACUGACAUUCAGUAUUUUAAAGGGGACUUGAUAGUCCGGCGCCACACCGUGCAGGUCGCUGAGUUCUACCGCGACCUGUUGGCCAAGGCCCUGUACAGCCGCCUGUUUGGCUUUCUGGUGAAUGCGGUGAACUGCUGUCUGCACAGCCAAGAGGAGGACGCCAGCACCCAGGCACUGGACAUCGGGAUACUGGACAUCUUUGGUUUUGAAGAAUUUCAGAAGAAUGAGUUUGAACAACUCUGUGUCAACAUGACCAACGAGCAUGUGCACCACUACAUCAAGGACGCGCUUUUUCUACAAGAGCAAACGGAAUGCAUACAAGAGGGGGUUGCCAUGGAAACGGCAUAUUCUCCUGGUACCCAGACUGGAGUUUUGGAUUUCUUUUUCCAGAAGCCAUCUGGAUUUCUCUCUCUGUUGGAUGAAGAAAGCCAAACAAGCUGGACAGCGGAACCAAACCUCCCCAAGAAGCUCCAGAGUCUGCUGGAGUCCUCCAACACGAAUGCGGUGUACCCCCCGAUGAAGGAUGGGAACGGGAACCUGGCGCUGCGGGGCACGGGCUCAGCUUUCACUGUCAUGCACUAUGCGGGCCGGGUAAUGUACGAAAUUACUGGAGCCAUUGAAAAAAAUAAAGACUCCCUUUCACAGAAUCUUCUAUUUGUAAUGAAAACUAGUGAAAACGUCGUGAUCAAUCAUUUGUUCCAGUCCAAGUUGUCACAAACAGGAUCCCUGAUAUCGUCCUACCCUCCCUGUAAACUCCGAGGACAUAGGGCAACCUUGCUGAGCAAGAGAGCGACAGCCUCCCCAGUCAGCCGGGAGCACCGGAAUUAUCCCGAGCUCAGUAAGUUACUAAAAAAGAAAGGAACUUCUAGCUUUCUUCAAAGACUGGAACGGGGUGACCCAGGGACUGUUGCAUCUCAGCUCAGGAAGUCCCUGGCGGACCUCAACAGGAGGCUGCAGCGGGCUCUGCCCCACUUCGUGCUCUGCAUCAAGCCCAACAACUCGCAGCUGCCGGACGCCUUCGACCACUUCUACGUGUCGGCACAGCUGCAGUACCUCGGGGUGCUGGAGCUGGUGAAGGUCUUCCACUAUGGGUACCCCAUCCGCCUCGCCUUCUCCGACUUCCUGGCCAGAUACCAGCCCUUGGCCGAGACCGUGUCGGGUGAGAGGAAGGAGCUGUCAGCAGAGGAGAGAUGUCGGCUUGUUCUCCAGCAGUGCAAGCUACAAGGCUGGCAGAUUGGCGUCCGCAAGGUGUUUCUGAAGCACUGGCAGGCGGAUCAGCUUGGGGACCUGUGCCUGCAGCUGCAGACACGGAUCGUGACCUGCCAGAAAGUUAUCAGAGGGUUUCUAGCCCGCCAACACCUGCUCCGGAAGAUGAGUGCCAAGCAGCGGGAGCUGUGGAGGGUCAGGAGCUUCCUACAGGACACAGAGGACCUGGCGCUGCAGACCUACGACGCCCUGGUCAUCCAGAAUGCGGCAGACAUUGCCCGGGAGAAUGACCGACUCCGCAAGGAAGUGGGUGCUGCCCAACCCACAGACAAGGCGGAGGCCAAGGGCAGGCCCGAGGAAGGAGCCAGAAGAGCUGAAGACCAGAGUGGAUCCUGGCAUGCACAUUCCAGCUCGGUCCCCGUCCUGGUGGCCGUGGACAGCCUGGCCCAGGCCCUCACGGGGCCGUCCACCCGGCCUCUGUCUCUGCACCCUGCAUUCAGUGUGGAUGACAGCAGCGGCCUCCCAUCACCACGGAAACAGCCUCCGCCCAAGCCCAAGAGGGACCCCAACACUCGGCUGAGUGCCUCGUACGAGGCCGUGAGUGCCUGCUUGUCCGCAGUGGCCAAGGACCCAGCUAGUGACGCUCUGACAAGGCCCAGGCCUCACAGCGAUGACUACAGCACCAUAAAGAAGAUCCCCCCGCGAAAGCCAAAGAGAAGCCCCAACACCAAGCUCAGUGGUUCCUACGAGGAGAUCUGGGGUCCAAGGCCCCCAGGCAUGGCUGUCCAAGCAGGUGCACGCCAGGCCCCAGGGACCCCAGGUGUGCCACGGACCUCACCUCAGUGCGCCGCGCAGCUGCCACUGCACCUGCCCUUGCCACCAGGGGAGGACGACGACGAAGACGACGCUGAGCCUGUGUACAUCGAGAUGGUAGGGAACGCGGCCAGGCUCGGGGGCCCCGAAGCAGACAGCCCUGAGCAGGGCGAGUCUGUGUACGAGGAGAUGAAGUACUUCCUGCCCGAGGACGGCUGCAGCCUGGGCUCCUGGCUCCCCGCUCCACGGGACGGGUGCGACAUCCCGGCGCCCUUUCCCAACCUGCUGCCGCACCGGCCGCCGCUGCUGGUCUUCCCACCCGCGCCGGCCACCAGCUCGCCGGCCUCGGACGAGUCCCCGCUGACGCCGCUGGAAGUGGCGCGACUGCCGGUGCUGGAGCCCAGCCGCAAGUACCCGCUGCAGGCCGAGCCCACCAGCCCCGGCUCCCCGCAGCCCGCGCGGGCGUCCCCCGGCCCCGGCGCCGUACCGUCCCCUCCGCCCGCGCCCGCGCCCGCAACCGCAACCGCAACCACGCCGGGCAGAGCGGGGUCCGGGUGCGAGUCUGGUUCAGACCCAGCCCGGUCGCAGUCCAAGCCCGCGGGAGCGCCCUGCUCCCCGGCCAGGCCGGCGCGCGCUGAGCCCCGCAGGGGCGCCCCCAGCCCCGGACCCGCGGGUGCCUACAGUCCCCCAAGCUGCCGGCCGCCCUGCAGCCCCCUGGAUGAGCUCAGCACCCUCUUCAGCUCGGGCCGCCCGGUGCUGCGCAGGUCAGCGGCUGGGCGCCGGAUCCGCGAGGCCGGAGGUUUUGAAACUAACCUGAACCUCACCAGCCAGGAUGAUCCCAGUACAUCAGAAAUCGCUUCAGAGGCUCAAGAUAGAAAUGCAAACAACCAUGGAAUUCACUUCUCUAAUUCACUCUCCAGUGCUAUAACUGCUGAAAAUGGAAAUUCUGUCUCAAAUGGUCUCGCUGAGGAUGAUGGGUAUUCACGCGUGUGUGUGAGCAGCACCGGGAUGUCGUCGUUCCAGAGACCUCGGGAGAGUCACACCACUCAGGUCAUCCAUCAGCUGCGGCUCUCUGAGAAUGAGAGUGUGGCCCUGCAGGAGCUUCUAGACUGGAGGCGGAAGCUCUGUGAGGAGAGGGACUGGCAGGAAGCCCUGCAGCCCCACGAGCCCCGCGCACCCCCGCCACCCCCCUGCAAGAAGCCCACCCUCCUGAGGAAGCCUGAAGGGGCCUCCUGCAGCCACCUGCCCUCCAAGCUCUGGGACACCACCAUGUAGGUGGCCUGGGCUGCAGACACAGAAUCACGAGGCUACCUUGGGGGACAUGCUGGGGCCUCUCCCAGUGCACUGAUCAGAGAAAGCACAGGACACCGACACUCUGACACUCCAAUCAGACACAUUUCCUGCGUGCGUGUGUGCGUGUGUUUUCUUUCCUGUUCUGUGAUUUUUCAGGUUCCACGUUUAUAGGGCUGCACUGUCCACAGGUGGGGACAGAAAAGCCAAGAGUGUGUGAGAUGAGGGACAGUGGCAGGGAGCAGUGACCAAGGACCCUCGUGCCUGGGUACAGUGGUUCCCUAGAGCUGGAUGACAACGCCGUGGCUUCGUCCUUGCUGUGGUUUUGUGAUGACCCCGUGCACAGGACUCAUUUCUUUUCCUUCUCUGUGGCCGUGCGUGUUUUGUUCCAAUUCCAGUCCCGAUAACCAUCUACACGUGGAUGACUGUUUUAUAACUCGAUGCAAUUGGUGGUGCUCCCUUGAUUUCAAAUAUGGAUUUUAAAAUGCCAUUUCUGGACAUUUCUCCUCCACACAUGUUGUUUUUUUAACCUAAAGUACCCAACCCCCUGGGGACCGUGUUGUUGCUCAGCUUUGCAAUGUCACUCUGGGCUGACCCUGAGGUGUUUUAGAGCUCACUGUCUGUGGGGACAGCUCUGUCCUUCCACCAGCCUCCACGUUGGGUAAGCAACUCGUGCGCCCCUCAGCAAAACCCCUGCCCCACCCAGCUUUGCUAUAGGCUCCCAGAAGUUCUGGGUGCCCAGUUACUCGUGUGUGGCUUCAGCUUCACUGUGGGUGGUGCGUGAGGUCACCCCAAGGCCACGCAGUGUGGAUCAUGGCUCAGCCUGCUGGUUGGAGCAGUGGUGCUGCCUCUCAGGUCUGUCCCCCAUCCCAGCGACGCUGCAUGAUCCUCGCACUGUGUCCCUACCCUUCUGUCACCCAGUGGCUCUGCUUCUGCUUCUCUGUGCACUUCCAUCCCUUGGGGGCUUCUUGGCAGUGGCUCCGGACCACCCAUCUUGCCACUUGGAACUUGGAACUUUUUAUUCAUACCAGCCUUUGGGACACAACUCUGUCAAUAAAAGGGUGCAACUCUGC